AUGAUUGCCCUUAGCAAGAAGAGCUCGUGUUCUUCUCAACUCUGCUUCGCUUUCUACGCCCUUGGGCUGGCAUUGCUGGGGGACGUGUCCCGGGCUGUACCCAUGGACGAUCAGGAUUAUUACCUGCAGGAAAUUAGCAACAGGGAUCAUUAUUAUUCUUUUCCAUAUCCCGGUGAAGAGUUUUUUCCUUUCACGGAACAACCCAGAGAGGAAGGACCUAUCCAUGCUGCAGAGAGAGAGGAGCACCCAGGGUUCAAACCCAGCAGGAAAGAGUUAAAACCGAAGAAAAACAACAAAAAAGGAAAAUCCAUUAUUGAAACUCCACCAGAUUGUCCUCCACUUGGUCUAGAGACAUUAAAAAUUACUGACUUCCAGCUCCAUGCCUCCACAGCAAAGCGGUAUGGCCUUGGGGCCCACAGAGGAAGGCUCAAUAUUCAGGCAGGUGUUAACGAAAAUGAUUUCUAUGACGGCGCUUGGUGUGCGGGAAGAAAUGACCCAUAUCAGUGGAUUGAGGUAGACGCUCGAAGGCUAACAAAAUUCACUGGAGUCAUCACCCAAGGAAGAAACUCUCUCUGGUCGAGUAACUGGGUGACCUCUUACAGAGUAUUGGUGAGCAAUGACAGCCAUGCAUGGACUGCUGUCAGAAAUGAAUCUGGAGAUGUGAUUUUUGAAGGAAACAGUGAGAAAGAGAUCCCAGUUCUCAAUAUGUUGCCGGUGCCGCUGGUUGCGCGCUAUAUCCGAAUAAACCCUCGGUCCUGGUUCCAAGAAGGCAGCAUCUGUAUGAGACUGGAAAUCUUAGGGUGUCCUUUGCCAG